AUGGCUCAACGUGGCCCAGGGGCGGCGGAGCUUAAUGCUAUAGGAUUUCUUCUCCUUGCCAUUGCGGCCGCAGCUAUCAUUGCCAGAUUCUACCUCCGUAUCAGAAUCCAACGUCGAGGGUUGCUAGUCAGCGACAUGCUUAUAUGCGCGGCAUGGGUUUCCGGCGUCGUUACUACAAGUACGUCCUUUAUCCUUAUGCAUCUAGGCGCCCUUCAGCCGGACGUCUUAUUGGAUCAAGGCAACUUCCCUGGAGAUCGAGAAGCAUUUAAGGCGGUUUUCAAAACCAUGUGGUUGACACAAAUUGCCUUUUGGACGACAUGUUCACUGUCAAAAGCAGAACUCCUUUCCAUGUACCUGCAAAUAUUCCCAGAGUUUAUGCAGAAAAGGAGGAUAUUUUUGUGGGCAACUAUUGUUUAUGUCGUGCUUGCCUAUUUCAUAAGCAUAGUUUUGUUACUUUCAAUUUGCGUCCCUAUUAGCACAUAUUGGGACCUAAAACCUAUAUCAACAUGCCCCGUUGGACGGUUUCAAAUAGUGUUCCAUGCCACCAGCGCUUUUAAUUUCUUAGGCAAUCUCCUUGUAUUUGCCUUACCGUGGUUUAUCAUACCUGGGCUAAAUAUGAGGAGGACACUAAAACUUGGAGUGUAUUGCACAUUCCUCCUUGGGGUUAUUGAUAUUGGGUUUGACAUACUACGUUUUGCCACCAUCCAAUUAUCACUGGUCCGAGCCGCGACUCCGAUUACCUUAGUUGUACUAUGGACCAAUGUUGAUUGCAAUAUUGCCGUUAUCAUUGCCUGUUUGCCGUCUUUAAGGCCCUAUUUUAGUAACCCAAAUGAGGGCACCGGAGAAAAGUGUGAUGGGAAAGUGAUAUCUCUGCCAAUUGGAGAGUCAGGAGGUGGGACAAAAAAGAAAAAUUCUGUUCGUCAGAAUUUACGAAAUGAGACUAUCGAAUGCAUUGGGUUCGAGGAUGAGCGUACCCAGAACCGGAUGAAAUGGAAAUAUUUCAAGUUACAUUUGAGUCGACGGCUGCGGAGAUCUUCGAUUCUCAUGAAUCCUCAUACCAUGUCAAAACCAAGUAUCACCGUCACCAAUCGGGAUCUUCAGAGCCGAGGCUCUUUAUCACUGGAAAAGGAGAUUGUAUUUGACCUUGAAAAGCCGGCCAAUCUCUACUGCCUUUCGACGUGUGAAAACAAUGCCGAGUCUCCACAAGGCCAAUGGCGCGACCGUGAUGGAACAUUGAAGUUUUUACAAACCAUUCCUAAGAGGGCAUCGACGAAGGAUUUGUCUGCGAAAGAGGUGUCUAGCGACCCACAAUCACUGGUAUUUAUGUAG